GUGGUUUCCACCACAAAUUUCAUUUUAUGCCUUUUGUUUGCAGGUGAGCCGUCCACUCAAAUGACACUGAAAACAUUUCACUUCGCCGGUGUUGCAUCAAUGAACAUCACACAGGCUUGCAGGAAAAAUUGCAUUUCAAGUCAGCUGUUUUUGCAGGGUGUGCCACGAAUCAAAGAAAUCAUCAACGGCGUAAAGCUAAUAUCAACACCCAUAAUAACAGCUGCCCUCGCAAAUGAAAAAGAUGAAAAGUUGGCGCGGCGAGUGAAGGCACGAAUUGAAAAAACAACACUCAAAGAGAUCUGCGAUUACAUUGAGGAAAUAUAUUUGCCGGAUGAUUGCUUCAUUCUUCUGAAGAUCAAUGCGAAACGCGUGCGCCUGCUUCAGCUCGAAGUAACAAUAACAUCGAUCGCACAGUGCAUAUGCAAUUGGAAAUUGCCUGUACCCGUAAAACCUCAGCAGAUCAGGCUUCUGGGUAAAACCAUAAUGGCAAUUCGACCGCCGGAAGUGGCAAAAUGUUCUAAAAUGAUGGCCAUACAGUAUCUGAAAUACAAUAUUGGAAAUGUUGUAAUAAAAGGUCUUCCUGGCGUUGUGCGGUGUGUUAUCCAUGCAGAUGAGAAAAAAGGAGAUUCAUACAAAUUGCUUGUGGAAGGUACAGAUUUUCAAGCAGUCAUGGCAACAGUUGGUAUCGACGGUCGACGCACGUAUUUCAACAAUGCUCUUACUGUCGCUGAGGUAAGACCUGUCCAGUAUUUCUCCUUCGUUUUUUAA